UUCCUGCAGCCAUGGAGGAGGAGGUGGAGGCGGUGAGCAUGGAGUACCUGCUGGAGCAGGUGACGCAGAAGGACCUGGGGAAGAGGCUCCAGGUGGGCCAGGAGGUCAUGGAGCUGAUCCUGGAUGAGGAGAGGUCCCGGAGCUGGAGCAGGACCAGAGCAUGCUGGACAGGAUGGUGGACUGCGUGGCCAGCUCCUGGGUCAAUUCCAGCAACUUCAGGUGAGCAGAGCAGCAGCAGCUGGAGGGUGGUUUUACUGGGGAUGGAUAUCCUGUCGGCUCUGGUGAGCCGGCUGCAGGAGAGAUUCAGGACACAGGUUGGAACUGUCCUGCCCAGUCUUAUCGAUCGACUGGGAGACGCCAAGGAUCAAGUCCGAGAGCAGGACCAGGCACUUCUGCUGAAGAUCAUGGACCAGGCUGCAAACCCACAGUAUGUGUGGGAGCGAAUGAUGGGAGGAUUCAAGCACAAGAACAACAGGACCAGAGAGGGACUCUGCCUGUGUCUCAUCUCAACUUUAAACGUGUUUGGCUCUCAGAGUCUGACGCUCAGUAAAAUCGUUCCUCACAUCUGCAGCCUCCUCGGAGACCCCACCAGCCAGGUGCGUGAUGGCGCCAUGAACUGCCUGGUGGAGAUCUACCGGCACGUCGGAGAGCGAGUGCGGAUCGACCUGGGAAAGAAGGGCCUGCCUCAGUCACGGCUGAACGUCAUCUUCAGUAAGUUCGAUGAAGUCCAGAGGUCGGGGAACAUGGUCCUGUCACCUUUGUCGG